CAUAAAUAGACUUGAAGAGCACCACAAAAUGUCAGAAGAGAGCUUUGAUACUUCGUCAAGAAAAAUGUUUGACGCAACAAAAGAAGUGAAUAAUAAAACUGAUAAUAACAAUAGACUUCAUUUUUGGUCUAAUUCAGUAAAUUCAGUAUCACUCGUUUUAUUAUCUAUACUCGAAGCCAUCAUCGUGAUUGCAUUAGAAGCUGUCAUAUUUGUCAACUUUCAUAAUACAGAAUUUUCAAAACAUAACCUCGGUUUAGGUAUUCCUGUUUACUUGAUGAUUUUUAUAACCAGUCAAGUAUUUCAAGUAUUCACCGCAUGGGAUGCUGUCCGUGCACAGAAUACAAUACAGGUCAUUGCAUUUUUGUUAUUCAAUCUAUGCUGCUUUGUAUAUGCUGUUUUCCAAUUCAAGCAAAUGGCAGAUGCAUUGAGGUCCAAUGAUCCUUAUUUAGGAGAAUUGGCUAAUUGGCUCAAGUCGUUUAUUUAUCGUCUGUUGAUUGCUGUUGCUGUUAUCACUGGAGUAUGUCAAUUAGCUUAUUUUUACCUUGGUAUACGCUUAUAUCAAGAAUUUGGAUGGAAGAUUUACAAAAGAAUAGGCGCUGACCCAGAAAUAAGAAACAUGUAUAGAUGGUACCAGAUUUUUUUGACUAUUCUCAAGCUUGACUUUUUCUUCUUUUUGGGUUACUCUAUCCAAUAUCUCAUCUUGGUCCUUCGAAAUAAUGACCCAGAGUUUCCAUUGACAAUCGUUGCUCUACCCGUAACUUGUCUAGUCCUGUUGUUAGCUGUCUAUGCAGUAAGACACGAAUCAAAAUGGUUAAUCAGCUUAUUCUUUUUGGGUUUAUUUGCUGGUGUUGCCUACUUUAGCUUCAAACUAUAUCGAAUCUAUGACGUAUCACAAGCAGAAAAAUACAAGUUUGUAAAGGACUUUUUGACUUUCUUUGCCAGCGUAUCCUUAGCCUUUGUUAUCUUGACGCUUGUCAAUGCGAUCAUUUGUUUUCUCAAUUUCGAUAAAGGAUUGAAACCUCAUUUAACAUCUAGGUACCAUCAAUCAUCAACGCCCGAAAACCUUAAUGAACGUACACUUUCUCUUGAUUAAUAUACACACACAUUUAUGAACUGGUUUCAUAAAAUUACUUUUAUUGUCCUCCUCGCAUUUGUAUCAUUUACUUGUCAUUUACCGUUUCCCCCCUCUUUCUUAUAUUCCCUCUCUUUCUUGACGUCUAUUUUCUUUUUUUCUCUUUAUUAUUAUUAUUAUUAU